AUGGCAAAUAAUUCAAAUAUUGCAAUAAAUAUUGAUACAGAAGCUGAAACCAGUAUUGAACAGGAUCCCGAGGAAAGAAUUGCCACAAUUGCCAGCAAUGCAACACAAAAUGUAACAAAAAGUUUAUUCAAUUUGACAUUGGAGAACUUUGAAGACGAAGAGGACCAACAUAGUUUAGAAUUCAAGGCCUAUGAAUCUCGUUUACAUCAGGAAAUGAAAGAUUGGAAAACCUUACUGCGCCAAACAUACAGUGACCUUAAGAAGGCCAAACAAAAACAUCCCAUUAUAGAUAAAUCCAUAUUAUCCCCUGAAAAAGUGGAAUACUUAGAAAAGGCACCAUGCUUGCAAAAUUUCAUCAGAGAAUCGAUGGAUUUUCGACAACAAGCCUAUGUAUUCUUAGAGUUGGAUUAUGCCAAUAUUAUGGAUUAUGUUACAAAUUUAGAGGAACAGUGUGAACAUCGUCUCAAUCAAGUAAUGGCUGAAAGAAUUUGUGAGAAUCUGGCAAAUUUUCCAAAAUGCACGACGACUAGGAGGGAAUUUUAG